GGCCUAUGGUCUUACCUUCCAAUUCACUAACCGCGGUUAGCUAAUCCUGGUUAACCGAAACCCUAACAUCGCUCCUCACCACCCGCCUCUAUUUAAAAUCCAUGGCCGGGGCACGAAAUGGAGCUCAAGGCAUUUGACGGCGUCUUUGCACACGCCUCAAUUUCUUCUGCAUUUCCAUCUUUUUUUUUUUUUUUUCUUUUCCCCCUCGAUUCCAUUCCUGAUCUGCGAAGAUGAGAGAGUGCAUCUCGAUCCAUAUCGGGCAGGCCGGUAUUCAGGUUGGAAAUGCCUGUUGGGAACUUUAUUGCCUCGAGCACGGCAUCCAGCCUGAUGGCCAAAUGCUUAGUGAUAAAACCAUUGGUGGCGGCGACGAUGCAUUCAACACCUUUUUCAGCGAGACUGGAGCCGGGAAGCAUGUCCCCCGUGCGGUCUUUGUUGAUUUAGAACCUAAUGUCAUCGAUGAAGUAAGAACUGGCGCAUACCGCCAGCUCUUCCACCCUGAACAGCUAAUUAAUGGCAAGGAAGAUGCUGCAAAUAACUUUGCCCGGGGCCACUAUACCAUUGGCAAAGAAAUUGUUGAUCUCUGCCUUGAUCGCAUCAGAAAGCUAGCCGACAAUUGCACUGGUCUCCAAGGGUUCCUGGUUUUCAAUGCUGUUGGUGGAGGCACUGGCUCUGGCCUGGGUUCACUUCUCCUUGAGCGUUUGUCCGUGGACUACGGCAAGAAAUCUAAGUUGGGUUUCACUGUCUACCCAUCUCCUCAGGUCUCUACCUCUGUGGUUGAGCCCUACAACAGUGUUUUGUCGACCCAUUCUCUUCUGGAGCACACUGAUGUGUCCGUUCUCCUUGACAAUGAGGCAAUCUAUGACAUCUGUAGGCGUUCCCUCGACAUUGAACGCCCCACCUACACCAAUCUCAAUCGCCUCGUUUCUCAGGUCAUUUCUUCUUUGACCGCAUCACUGAGGUUCGAUGGUGCUCUGAACGUCGAUGUCACCGAGUUCCAGACCAAUCUGGUUCCAUAUCCAAGGAUCCACUUCAUGCUCUCAUCCUAUGCCCCUGUCAUCUCUGCGGAGAAGGCUUACCAUGAACAACUCUCCGUUGCUGAAAUCACCAAUACUGCCUUCGAGCCUUCUUCCAUGAUGGCAAAAUGCGACCCGCGUCAUGGGAAGUACAUGGCUUGUUGUCUCAUGUACCGUGGAGACGUCGUGCCUAAGGAUGUUAAUGCCGCUGUUGUCACCAUCAAGACCAAACGCACCAUUCAGUUCGUCGACUGGUGCCCGACCGGGUUCAAGUGCGGGAUCAACUACCAACCGCCUACUGCGGUGCCUGGCGGUGAUCUGGCCAAAGUGCAGAGGGCUGUGUGCAUGAUAUCCAACUCCACCAGCGUCGCUGAAGUCUUCUCACGCAUCGAUCACAAGUUCGACCUCAUGUACGCCAAGAGGGCCUUCGUGCACUGGUAUGUUGGUGAGGGAAUGGAGGAAGGAGAAUUCUCUGAGGCUCGUGAGGAUCUUGCUGCACUUGAGAAGGACUAUGAGGAGGUUGGAGCAGAGGGCCCUGUGGAUGAAGAAGGCGAAGAGGAUGAGUAUUAAGUGUUCUUUGCCAGCUGCCUUUGUGGAGCACAUCGAUGUUUCUGGCUUCGUGCCUUUGUUUCUUGCCUGCUGGGCGUUGCGUAUAUGCCAUAUCGUCGAGUUCACUGUUUCUGUGUCUGUAAUGCGUGAGGCUGCCGGUCAUUGUGGUUUCUACCGUUAAGCGGGUACCUUUCUGUUAUUAAUAAGAUACAUCGGCUCGUCUGAUUUAGUGUA